CAAACAAUGAGGAUCAAUAUCAAUGAAAAUCAACGGAGAUCAAUUAGGAUCGAUGGUGAUCAAUCAGAGUAAGAAACGACUAUUUUCAAAAGAGAGAACCGCUCUGAUAUAUAAAAGAAGGCGCUGAAUCGACCGGUUGCGGGGAAAUUGACAGUGGGGGCUAAUAAGUAACUAUUUCUAGAACAGCCACUUUUUCUAUUACUAGUCAGCCACCACGUGGCUUAGCACUGCCACAACUCUAUCCAACCGACUGUCGGAAGGCAAGGCCGUCGUUUUACCUUGUCGCUGGUCUUGGCUCCCUGACAAUAAUCCGCUUUUACAUGGUUACUCUUGAGGGUUAAUCUAUUAUUUAUCACUAUUACUUCGAAAUUCUCGAGUCGAAAGUCAUUCGUUUUCGCGGCUUCAAAUGCUGGAUCUCACAUCUCUCAGACAACGAUUUUAGUAUUCGACCUACAUCGAGUCGGUCGAUCUAGCCAGAGCGAGAGCCAACCAAUUCGACACGACGCGGCGCUCUUGUUAAAAGUCGGCCGGGGAUUCAAUGCGGCCAACUAAAUAUAAUCAUCUUCAUUAGAGUGCGCAACCUUCUUCUCCGACAACCGACAAGGCUCCCGCGCGACCCUCAGCGGAACCCUUCUUUGCUGGAGAAAUCCUCUGGCUGAAGCCACUCCGUAUGAAGGAGGAGGCCCAAGGGCGUUAAGGAUCGGCUCAUACGAAGCAUGUCAGAUGAGCCAAAGGCAGAUGCUCCAUCUGCCGCCGUGGAAAACAAUGCGCCACCUCAAAACUUGACAAUAGACACCAGGGCAGCUGAUGGCCGAGGAAGUUCUGCGCAGAGGACCCCGUCGCCUCUUAGCCCAUUAUCCAGGACCCCAUUACCCAGGGCAAACACCGCACCUAUACCACCAUGGCAGCCUGCCGUAUCGCCAGCGUUGUCACCGAUAUCUCCAACCGGGCGCGAUCGAGGUUACUCGCUGAGACGGGCUCUUUUCACCAGAGGUGUCGUCGCCACGAAAGACAUCGAGCUUGCGGAAAGCGGACCGCCACAACCACCGCAAGAUGGCUACCCAUUCCCACCAACCGCGGCACCAAUCGAGGAGAAGAAAGAAGAUACAAGAUCUGAAGUUGCUGCGGCACCUGCGGCAGAUCUUCCUCCAAUACAAGAGUCAAAGAGCAAUUUCAUGACUGAUUCUCUACCAAACUACUCACAAUGGGUUAUACAGCAGAGGAAACAUGGUCUGAUUUCGAAAGUUGAGACGAACUGCAAGAAGACAUACAAGGAAUUGAGAAAACGCAUUCUUAGAAUUCAAGAUAUUCCACCAAGUAAAGAUGGACGGCAUAUAUACCUGGACCCGUCGAGGAGACGGCCUUGCAUGGACGAAAGAACAAACAAGGACUACAUUGGAAACUCGAUACGUUCUUCCAGAUACACGCUAUGGAAUUUCUUGCCGAGACAGCUUUUGUUCCAGUUCGGGAAGAUCGCCAAUUUUUACUUCCUGAUUAUUUCAAUUCUUCAAAUGAUCCCAGGACUGAGUACCACCGGUACAUAUACGACGAUCGUUCCGUUGUUAGUCUUCAUCACUUUGAGUAUGGCGAAGGAGGGUUAUGAUGAUGUCCGCCGUUAUAAGUUGGAUAAGGCGGAAAACAGGAGAGAGACCCAGGUUAUGCGCGAGGUUUCCGAGUCCGAAACUGUCUCUGACGAUUCGGAUGUUUGGGUGGCUACCAAGUGGCAAGAUGUCAAGGUUGGGAACAUCAUUAAACUUUCCAGAAACGAUGCAGUCCCGGCGGAUAUUGUACUGCUCCAUUCUGAUGGCGUGAAUAAUAUCGCCUAUAUCGAGACCAUGGCGCUGGACGGCGAAACCAACCUCAAAGCCAAGCAACCGUCCCCCAAUAUGGCGGGCAAGUGUCAAAAUGCGAAUGCCAUAGCAAAGUGCGAUGCGCUCUUUGUGGCUGAGGAUCCUAAUAUUGAUUUGUACAACUUUGAGGGCAGAGUCACGGUAGACGGCGACACCCUACCACUUACUACCGCCGAGAUUGUUUACCGUGGCAGUGUUCUUCGCAACACAAAUACUGCCAUUGGCAUGGUGGUUAAUACUGGAGAGGAGUGCAAAAUUCGAAUGAACGCCAACAAAAACCCGAGAAUUAAGGCGCCUACCAUGCAAUUCGUUGUCAAUAGAGUUGUCAUCAUUAUAGUUUUCUUCGUCCUUGGCUUGGCAAGUAUAUGCACCAUUGCUUACCAGGUCUGGUCAAAGAACGUCGAGUCAAAAUCGUGGUACCUGUCCGGCGCGAGAGUACCAGCUGGGCAAAUUCUAUCCAGCUUCAUCAUUAUGUUCAACACUAUGAUCCCACUCUCGUUGUACGUGAGCUUGGAGAUUAUUAAGUUGUGGCAACUGUUACUCAUGAACGACAUCGACAUGUACGACCCGAUUUCUGACACACCCAUGCAAGCCAAUACUACAACUAUCAACGAAGAACUAGGCCAGAUCAGCUACGUCUUCUCCGACAAGACGGGAACUCUUACAGAUAACGUCAUGCGCUUCCGUAAGAUGAGCGUUGCCGGAGUCUCUUGGCUCCACGAUUUUGAUAUUCAGAAGGAAGCUGCCUUAGCGGCGCCGGCAGGAAAAGCGACAGGCAAAGGCAAACAAAAGGCAAGGAAGUCACGAGGCUCGAGUUCAACCCGUUAUACCAUCGAUUCGACGAGCGCGGAUGAUAGAAGCUCGGAAGCUGAGUAUGGAAAGAGAGCCCUUGCAAGCACCCAAUUUUUGAAAACUGCAGCACGAUCGAUAAGGGCGCAAUCGGACCAGCUGAAGACACAACAGCUACUAGAAUACCUGCGCCACAAGCCGCAUGGUGUGUUUGCUCGAAAAGCUAGAUUCUUUUUGCUCUCAUUGGCACUUUGCCACACCUGUCUCCCUGAGACACAGGAAGAUGGAACCAUCGAUUUUCAAGCCGCCUCACCGGAUGAACUCGCUCUUGUUCGGGCAGCUCAAGAUCUUGGUUACAUGGUCAUUGAUAGAGCUGCUCAGACGAUUACAUUGAAGACCCGCCCUAACGGAUCUACUGGCCCCGAGACUGUCGAGGUUUAUACCGUUCUUGAUGUGAUCGAGUUCACCAGUAAGAGGAAGCGCAUGUCCAUAAUAGUCCGCUUUCCCGACGGCCGCCGAUGCGUGUUCUGCAAGGGAGCAGACUCGGCGGUUGUGAAGCGAUUGAAGCUCAGCCACCUCGCCACACAGAAAAGGGCGGAAGUUGAGCGAAGGUCUAGCAUGCGCAAGAGCAUGGAUGCGGAGCAAGCUCUAAGGCGGAGAAGUGAUGCAUACAAUGGCAGCCCAAGGAACAGCAUGAGCAUUGACUUGAACAGGAGUCUAGACCUCGCGCGAACUAGUCUAGGUGCUGCCCCAAGGACAAGUGGAGUUGGGAACAGGUUCAGGCCAUUCCGCGAAGAAAUGAAGUCUUGGCUUGAGGACCGCGAAACUAAUACCGAACCUCACUCUGCCGCCAAUUCUAUUGAAUAUGCGAGCCCAAAAACAUCGCUUCAGAUGCCUAGGAAGUCAUUCGCUUCCGUGAUCAUCGAUGAAGACGAAUACUUUGACCACAUGGUCGAUGAAUCGCUAGCUGUCAAUGAGGCGGCGGUUUUUGAGCGCUGCUUUCAACACAUCGAAGACUUCGCGACUGAAGGUCUUCGAACCUUGCUCUACGGAUACAAAUUUAUCGAUGAACAGGAGUAUAACGUAUGGAAGAAAGUAUACCACGAUGCGGCUACGAGUCUCGUAGAUCGGCAGGAACUGAUCGAAGCAGCUGGAGACUUGAUAGAGCAGGAUUUCGACCUAGCAGGUGCUACUGCUAUUGAAGACAAAUUGCAGAAGGGAGUGCCCGAGACGAUUGAGAAACUUCGACGAGCGAAUAUCAAGCUGUGGAUGCUUACUGGCGAUAAGCGCGAGACGGCCAUCAACAUUGGCCACUCUUGCCGUCUUAUUAAGGAUUACUCAAAGGUGAUAAUUCUCGACACAACUUUAAGUACUGUUGAACAACUCAUGGCCACGUCACUUUUGGACAUUGGCCAGGGUUCAGUUGCACAUUCCGUUGUCGUCGUUGAUGGCCAAACGCUCAGCGAUAUUGAAGCCAACGAGACAUUAUCCCAGCUAUUCUUCAGUCUUGCGGUCCACGCCGACUCCGUCAUUUGCUGCCGCGCCUCACCGUCCCAAAAAGCGCUUCUUGUUAGGAAGAUCCGCCUUCGUGUCAAUGGAUCUGUCACCCUUGCCAUUGGUGAUGGCGCCAACGAUAUCGCUAUGAUUCAAGAAGCCCACGUUGGUAUUGGUAUCACAGGAAAGGAGGGCUUGCAAGCAGCGCGCAUUUCCGAUUACUCGAUAGCUCAGUUUCGCUUCCUCCAGAAGCUGUUACUGGUCCACGGCCGUUGGAAUUACGUCCGUACUGGAAAGUACGUGCUGGGGACUUUCUGGAAGGAGAUGCUGUUUUAUCUGACUCAAGCUCUGUACCAACGCUGGAAUGGGUAUUCCGGCACUUCCUUCUACGAAUCCUGGAGUCUGAGUAUGUUCAACACGCUGUUCACGUCGCUCCCUGUCAUCUUCUUGGGUAUUCUCGAGCAGGAUUUGAGUGCUGCGACUUUACUCGCCGUGCCUGAAUUGUAUUCUCAGGGCCAGCGUGGCGAGGCGUUCAACAUCAGGAAAUAUUUCGGAUGGAUGUUCAUGGCUACCCUUGAAGCCGGCCUUGUGUAUUUCAUGGUGGUCAGCCUGUUUUCGUGGCCUGCUAUUAGCGGCGACGAUGGGAUUUUUGCGAUGGGGGAUCUCUCGUUCGGUAUUUGCGUCGUUAUCAUCAACACGAAACUCCUGUUCAUUGAGAAACAGAAUAAAACUCUCCUUUCACUACUCGCUUUUACUAUUUCCAUCUCCCUCUGGACCCUUUGGAAUAUUGUUCUUAACUAUAUAUACGCUACUAAAGAAUCGCUAGCGUAUAAUGUACGCAAUGGAUUCAUCAAGAGUUUUGGGGGGUCGCUUCCAUGGUGGAUAACUGGUGUGGUUACUUUCACGGCGUUCCUGAUUUUCGAGUUUGGGGUCGCCAGCGUACGCAAGACGUUCUGGCCGGUUGAUACGGAUGUUUUCCAAGAACUGGAGAAGGAUAAGGCAAUGAAGAGGAAGUUUGAGAUGGCGUGCAGGGAUGUACUGAGCGGGACGAAGGGUGCGACGGAGGCUGAAAUAUUAGAGGAGCAAGAGAAGGAAGAGGAGGAGCGGGAGAAAAGGAGGUUGGAGGAGGAGGUGAGCCAACUGUUACAUAAGAGGGCGAUAGAAGCGGCUGCACAGGAUACCACGGUUAGAAAGUAGUGAAUUACAUAUAUAUUUGACACGCACUUGUUGUUCCCCUUCAUCGUCCUAGUUAUCCUCGUUGCUAGUAGUUGCUGAAACCAUGGGAUAUGAGGAAGAGGCCUAACAGUAACAAACUAUCCGUCAACGUUCCACGGCCCAUAAAUGGUGCGAUAAAUUCACAUCUUCGAGAAAACAUCACGGAAUCUAAAGUCAC